CUGUGCGCCCGUGCAGGAAAGGGGGGGGGGUGGGGUGUCCCGGGGCCGUCACAGCCGGUGCUGCUCCCGGUGAUAGCCGCGGCCCCCCGGUCCCUUCCCCCCACCGCCGUCCUCCCCUCCUCAGCGCACGCCCCGCCCUCCUCCAUGGCCCGUUUGAAAGAUGCCGCGGUCGCUGAUUGGCUGAGCUGGGCCCCGCCCCCUGAACGCGGCCUCUUUGUUUUGUGUUGUCUCCUCUCUCGGCCGCUCAGUGCUGAUUGGCUGGGCCUGGGAGAGGUGCGCGCUGAUUGGCUGAGAGGAACGUGUCUGAGCGGCCGUACAUUGCACGUCUCACAUCCGGGCACCGUCGGUACAAGUGAUAUCACCAUGCCGAUCCGCCGUGCUGUUAAUUCUUCCAGCCAGGAAACUGCCCCCAAGAAUCGCGCCGCUGACAGUGAGGAGAAGAAAGCAGAGCCUGACGCCAGUUCUGAGGAGUCUGCUUCUACCGGAGAGGAACAAGAGACUGAAACACCCCCAGCCACUUCCAGCGAGACGGAGCAGCCGAAAGAGGCCGAGGCCAAUGAGGCAACAAAGACUGAGGGGGCGGUAACAGAGGACGCCAAGAAAGAUGGUGAGAAGGAACCAUCCAAAGACAAAGAGAAGAAGGUGAAGAAGACAAUUCCAUCAUGGGCUACACUGUCUGCCAGCCAGCUGGCCCGCGCCCAGAAGCAGACACACGUGGCAUCUUCAUCUCGCCCCAAGAUGGAUGCCAUCCUGACUGAGGCCAUCAAGGCUUGUUUCCAGAAGUCCGGGGCCUCGGUUGUGGCAAUCCGGAAAUACAUCAUUAAUAAGUACCCAUCGUUGGAGCUGGAAAGGAGGGGAUACCUGCUGAAGCAGGCUCUGAAGAGAGAGCUGCAGAGGGGGAUUAUCCGUCAGGUGAAGGGGAAGGGAGCAUCCGGCAGCUUUGUAGUUGUGUCAAACUCUGGAAAAUCUGCACCGAAGUCUAAAGAUAGAAAGAAGAGUAACCCGGCAGCCGGCGAUCAGCCCAACGUUAAACUGGAAGACAUCUUACCCCUGGCUUUCACCAGGCUGUGUGAGCCUAAGGAAGCGUCUUACAGUCUCAUCAAGAAAUACGUGUCUCAGUAUUACCCCAAGCUCAAGGUGGAUGUCAAGCCUCAGAUGCUGAAGAACGCUCUGCAGCGGGCAGUGGAGAAGGGGCAGCUGGAGCAGAUUACAGGGAAGGGGGCUUCCGGUACAUUCCAGCUGAAGCGGGCAGGAGAUAAACCUCUUCUGAGCGGAGGAUUGUUUGAGGACGCCAUCUUGUCUGCAAUCACCGCCAUGAAUGAGCCCAAGACCUGCUCCACCACCGCCAUUAAGAAGUAUGUGCUGGAGAACCAUCCCGGUGUGAACUCCAGCUUUCAGGUUCAUCUCCUGAAGAGGACCCUGCGGAAGUGUGAGAAGUACGGCUGGAUGGAGCAGAUCUCUGGGAAAGGUUUCAGCGGCACCUACCAGCUCAGCUUCCCAUAUUACCCCGGUCCCUACGUGCUGUUCCCGGACAAAGCUGAGGAAGAAGAAGAUGAGUCUGAGGAGGAGUCUGAAGAGGAAGAGGAGGAAUCUGAGUCUGAGGAGGAGUCUGAGGAGGAGGAGCCCCCUCCAAAGAGGAGGAUGCAGAAGAAAGCGGCCCCUUCUAAAUCCAGGUCAAGAGCCCCCCCACCCAAGCCCAAGAGGAGUGCCCCGACUCCCAGGGGGAAGGCAAAGAGUGUUCCCAAGAAGGCUCGCCAACCUUCCCCUCCUCCUCCCUCUCCCCCUGCAUCAAAGGCGAAGAAGGGAAGAUCCGCCCCACCACCACCACCUCCUCCACCUGCCAAAAAAGCAGCCAGCCGAGCCCCCAAGAAGCCAGUGGCCACGAAGAAAGCUGUGAAGCCCGUGGCAAAGGGCAAAUCCAGCCAGCGGAAGUCCCUGAGGGCUAAGAAGUGAGUCGGCGCCCGUGAAGACGUCGGGACGCAGAAACGGUUCCAGUGGUUUAUUUACAGCGAAAGCGACUUUUUUUAAGGUUGUGUCCGUUUCCUCCUGUCCCCUCUCUGAUCUCUGAGGAGGUGCAGCGUUUUUGUAUAGAAGUAGCCGCUGCGUGAAGCUCCUGUUCCUCUGUCUUCUGACAGAAACCAGCAAAUGGUCCCUCAGUUCCCUUAUCCAGAACCGUUUCUUGGGUGUGUAAAUUCUCCCUUUUAAGAAAUCUACUUUAAUGUUUAAACAUUUUGUUUUGUUAUUUAAAAGGAGAAGGUUGUAGUCGGUCUGAGUGACGUAUGCAGAGCGGUUUUUGUUACGUUUUCUAGAGCUUGAGAAUGAAUCCGUUAGCUCCUGCUCUCCCCCCACGACGGUCCUCCCACAUCACCAACCCCUUACACAUACAUCCGAGCCCCUCGUGCUGGGGCGCCUCCCGUCUUCCUUCUAAUCUCUGUAUAGAGCUACGGAGCAUGCGUGUGCCCCGAUCCCCUCACACGCCAGCAAUUGGCACCUGUGACUAUCAUUAGCAUGUUGUACAGAAAGCAAAGUACACGAUGUCUCCCAGUUUUUAGUUAAUUUUACAGCCAACUGUGUCUUUAUUUUAAUGUUUGCCAUUUUGUAAAGCCUUAGGUAAGGCUAGACCAGUGAAGCGAUGGGAAUUCUGCUGUUUGCUACAGUAAAUGACUAGAUUCUGCUAGUG